AUGGAUCAGGUCCAAGCAGACCCCUACCUGUACCCACAUGAUGCUUCCCUGUCGCCGGAAACGACCGCCCUGGUUAUUAUUGACAUGCAGCGGGACUUCUGUGAAGUGGGCGGAUACUUUGACUGUCAAGGAUACGAUGUGGCAGAUGCUCGUGCCAUCAUCCCAGCCAUUCAAGCCCUUCUUUCUACCGCACGAAAAGGCUCAUUCCCAGUCUUCUUCACUCGAGAAGGUCACAGACCAGACCUCUCCACCUUGUCAAGUCGCGAACGAUUUCGGUCUCGCAACAACCCUCGACAUCUGGGUAUUGGUGACAGCGGCCCAUUGGGAAGAUUCUUGAUUCGUGGAGAAAAGGGUCACGACGUGAUCCCCGAACUCAGACCGCUGCCCGAAGAGAUCAUUAUCGAUAAACCUGGGAGAGGGGCAUUUGCUCAUACGGAUUUUGAGCAUAUCCUGCGGCUUCGUGGCAUCAGAAACUUGAUUCUGACGGGAGUAACCACAGAUGUCUGUGUUUCCACCACCAUGAGGGAAGCCAAUGACCGCGGCUUUGACUGCCUCGUCCUAGAAGACGCCACAGCUGCAGCCACCCCCAAGUUGCAUCAAUUCGCAUUAGAUUCCGUCAAAAUGGAGGGCGGUAUCUUUGGCGCCGUAACUCAGUCUGGCAAAAUAAUCGAUGCCAUGGAUACUUGGGCCUGA